CAGUAAACAGGUCUGUCAGUGUGACUUACACACAGGUGAAACAUUAGCCGGGCAGGGAGAGAGGAGCCACACACACUGACACACACACACACACACACACACACACACACACACACAGCGGUCAGGACAGAUGGCGGAUUCAAAGCGAACAUCUGAACCCAUCAACUUUGUGCAUCAGGAUGAAAUCUGGAAAGCACAUGUAAAAGUUGAGAAGGAUUCGGCUGAAGUCUGGCCCAACAAGUGGGGCUUCCUCACUGAGGUCUACAAGGAGUUCAGGAGGGAGAGUGUGAAGCUGAAUGGAGCGGUCAGUGUGGAGCCUCCCCAUCACCUGGACCCACAACCUGCAACCCCUACAGAAAAAUACAUCCAUGUUGGCCCCUCUCCUCCUCUUCCUCAGACAACCCAGGGCCUGAUUGGUUGGCGUUCAGGUCACUCACAUCUUCAACUGGAAAAGUACGGCAUGGUUCGUCAUGGGAGGCGUAGUUUCCUGAAGGAGCUGGGCUGGCCUCUUGAGGGCUUGUAGCUGAGUAGCAGCCGCCAUCCCCUGUCGUCUUGACUGAUCACUGACUGAGUAUUGAAUAUGGAUUAAAAUACGCUGCUGGAACAAACACCUUAAGAUCUCUCCCAUGCUCGUACACCUAAUCAACAAAGUAACACAAAGAAAAACAAAAACUCAUUGUCGGCUUGUUUAGAUGUGGGAUCGACAACCUUUUUUAUUAUAAGUGUCAGUUUACAAUCAUGAAGACGACUUGUGUGCCAGCAUUUGUUAACAGACAUAAAUUAUGCACUGGUAGUUUUACUGGAGGUUUGACCUUGUGCAUUAUAUUAAUAAUAGACUUGUAGGCCUGGUAUUUGGACAUGAUCCCCUCUUGUUUAUGCAUACAAAACCAUGUUGUGAUGUAGGUUACUGAAAAGUAAGAUGUGCCGGUUAGUGGAAUUCGUGCCCCUAGCUUUCAUUGCUCAGCUUCACAUUGAAUAAUUGUUAUAGUCGUUUUUAAAGAGGCUAUUUGUAAGUUUUCUCUGCCAAGAAACCAAAUUCCUUGGCAGAGCCCACUGAGCAGUGCUACAUCUCCAGGGCAGUCUGGAUGCUACUGUGAGUCCCUAACGGAAAGUGAUGAGGCGGGCUAGGGCUAGCUGGUUAGCAUGCUGACUUCAGUAGUGGAAAAGAAAUGUUUGAUAUUGAACUUGAAACAUUUCUUUUAGACUGUAGUCACUGUUAACGGCUGUUAGUGCUAACAUUGGAUAGGUAGCAAUAGCUAAAACUUACAUAUAGCUCCUUUAUAUAUAAUAUAUAUAUAUAUUUCUGGUUUAAAAAUAUUAAGGAUUUAGCUUUUCUCUUUCAUAUCUGUUAGGAGACCGAAUACCUUUGGGUUUUGGACUGUUUGUUUGGGUGAUGGGAAAUUUAAACACAAAUUUUACAGACAAGAAGACUAAUAAUCAUUGGUUGCAGUAUAAUGUUUUUAAAGAAUAUAUU